UGAGUUCGGGAGCAGAUGCUGCAGGAGGAGGAGACUCGAACCCCGACCCGAACCUGAGACUGAAGACCCGGACCCGGUUCUUCCUGCUGGUUCUGGUUCUGGCCCGUCUGGACCCGGACUGUGCUGGUCCUGGUCCUGGUUCUGGUUCUGGUCCCGGUCCUGGUCCCGGUUCAUGUCCCGGUCUCUCGGAACCAGCUCCAGGUUCGGGCUGUAACGGACCGAGCCCAGGCUGCGCGCGCAGCAGGACUAGCAUAGCGGCUACGCUGCAGACAUGAACGUCUCUACUCAGCUGGGACUGUUGCUGUGGAAGAACCUGACGUACCGGCGCCGCCAACGGCUGCAGCUACUGGUGGAGAUCGUCUGGCCGCUCUUCAUCUUCUUCAUCCUCAUCGCCGUGCGUUUGCACUACCCGCCCUACGAGCAGCAUGAGUGCCACUUCCCCAACAAGGCCCUGCCGUCGGCCGGGACGCUGCCGUGGAUCCAGGGCAUCCUGUGCAACGCCAACAACCCGUGCUUCCGGAACCCGACGCCGGGGGAGUCUCCGGGCGUGGUGGGAAACUUCAACCACUCCAUAAUCUCCCGUCUGUUCUCGGACGCCAAGCGGAUCCUGCUGUACUCCCAGAACGACCAGAACCUGCAGGGCUUCAAGGACCUGAUCCAGGCCCUGAAGGUCCUGGAAGAGAGCCGCUCAGGGUUCAAGCUGAAGCACUUCCUGCGAGACAACGAGACUCUGUCGGAGUUCCUGACCCGGAACGUUUCCUUCUCCGAACCCUCGGCCCGGCAGAUCAGGGAGGCCGACAUCGACCUGGAGAAGGUUCUCCUCAGGGGGCUGGGGGUCCACCUGAGGGACAUGUGUCCCCGGAAGGGGGGCCGGCAGAACCUGACGGACUUCGUGAGGAUCCGGGACCAGCAGGUGUCGGCCCGGGUGCAGGAGGUUCUGUGUCAGGCCCCGGUGCUGUGGCUGGACCGGGCCGAGGAGCAUUUCAGGGACAACCUGGACUUCUUCAAGCCGGUCCGGAGGGACGUCCGCUCCGACCCCGAGGCCGUCAGACAGGUCGCCACGGCAACCAACAACCUGCUGGACAGUCUGGGCUCACUGGCUGUGGAGCUGGCCUCCAUGAAGAGCUGGGUGGACCUGCGGAGGGAGAUCCGGUUCCUGACCCGGGACGCCGCCUCGUCCCCGGCCUCCAUGUACCAGGCCGUGUCCCGGAUCGCCUGUGGACACCCGGAGGGCGGCGGGCUGAAGAUCAAGUCCCUCAACUGGUACGAGGACUCCAACUACAAGGCCCUGUUCGGGGGGAGCGGCAACGCUAGCGAGGACGCUAGCUACGACAACUCCUCCACCCCGUACUGCAACAGCCUGGUGAAGAAGCUGGACUCCAACCCGACGUCCCGGAUGAUCUGGACGGCGCUGAAGCCGCUGCUGCUGGGCCAGAUCCUGUACACGCCCCACACUCCGGCCACGGCCCGGGUCGUCCACGAGGUGAACCGGACCUUCCAGGAACUGGCCGUGUUCCGGGAUCUUGGCGGGAUGUGGGAGGAAGUUCGUCCCCGAGUCUGGGACUUCCUGGAGAGCAGCCCGGAGAUGGACCUGGUCCGGAGCCUGCUGAGGAACAACGCCACGGCCGCUUUCUUCCGGGGCCGGCUUGCCGGCACCGACUGGACCGUCCCGGACCUGGAGCACUUCCUGUCCAAGAACCGGAGGGACCAGAACCCGGACAGGGGUCCCCGGGACCAGAGGGGGAACCGGCGCGUCACCUGGAGGGAAGUUUUCAACGAGACGGACCAGGCCAUCAUGAGCAUCUCCCGCUUCAUGGAGUGCGUGAACUUGGACAAGCUCCAACCCGUGUCCAGCGAGGAGCAGCUGGUGAACCGGUCCCUGGUCCUGCUGGAGGACCGGCGGUUCUGGGCCGGGAUCGUGUUCCCGGACCUGGACCCGAACCGGAACCCGGACCUGGACCCCAACGCUACCGAGCUGCCGCCGCGGCUACGCUACAAGAUCCGAAUGGACAUCGACAACGUGGAGCGGACCAACAAGAUCCAGGACGCGUACUGGGACCCGGGUCCGCGGGCCGACCCGUUCGAGGACAUGCGCUACAUCUGGGGCGGGUUCUCGUACCUGCAGGACGCCGUGGAGCAAGGAAUCAUCCGGGCCGUUACCGGCACCCGGGAGAGGACCGGAGUCUACCUGCAGCAGAUGCCGUACCCCUGCUACGUAGACGACAUCUUCCUGCGGGUGAUGAGCCGCUCCAUGCCGCUCUUCAUGACGCUAGCGUGGAUGUACUCGGUGUCUCUGAUCCUGAAGGGCGUGGUCUACGAGAAGGAGGCGCGGCUGAAGGAAACCAUGAGGAUCAUGGGAUUGGACAACGGGAUCCUGUGGCUCAGCUGGUUCCUCAGCAGCCUGAUCCCGCUGCUGGUCAGCGCCGCGCUGCUGGUGCUGGUGCUCAAGAUGGGGAACCUGCUUCCCUACAGCGACCCCGGCGUGGUUUUCCUGUUCCUGGCGUCGUACGCCGUCGUCACCAUCAUGCAGUGUUUCCUGCUCAGCACGGCCUUCUCGCGCGCUAACCUAGCGGCGGCGUGCGGCGGCAUCAUCUACUUCACGCUCUACCUGCCCUACGUGCUCUGUGUGGCCUGGACGGAUUACAUCGGUUACGGAGCCAAGGUGUUCGCGAGCCUGCUGUCCCCCGUGGCGUUCGGGUUCGGGUGCGAGUACUUCUCCCUGUUCGAGGAGCAGGGCGUGGGGAUCCAGUGGUCCAACCUGGUGUCCAGCCCGGUCCAGGAGGACGACUUCAGUCUCCGCUCCGCUAUCGUGCUGAUGUACGUGGACUCGGUCCUGUACGGAGUCCUGACCUGGUACCUGGAGGCCGUGUUCCCCGGUCAGUACGGGAUCCCGCGGCCCUGGUACUUCCUGUUCACCAAGUCCUACUGGACCGGAGAGAAGGACGGAUCCGGGAAAGUCCCGCUGAGGAGAGGAACCACGUCAGAGGUCCUGAUGGAGGAGGAGCCGGCCCACCUGGACCCGGGCGUUUACAUCCAGGACCUGGUCAAGGUUUACCGACACGGCAGGAAGUUAGCGGUGGACGGACUGACGCUCGGAUUCUACGAGGGACAGAUCACGUCCUUCCUGGGACACAACGGGGCCGGCAAGACCACCACCAUGUCCAUCCUAACGGGUCUCCUCCCCCCGACCUCCGGAACCGCCUUCAUCCUGGGCCGAGACAUCCGGACUGAACUCAGCGCCGUCAGACAAAGUCUGGGAGUCUGUCCCCAACACAACGUCCUGUUCAGCAUGCUGACGGUGGAGGAGCACAUCUGGUUCUACGGGCGUCUGAAGGGUUUGUCGGAGUCGCAGGUCCAGGCGGAGAUCCGGGUGAUCCUGCGCGACACCGGCCUCCCGCACAAGCGCGGCUGCCGGACCAGCUUCCUGUCGGGGGGGAUGCAGCGCAAGCUAUCGGUGGCGCUAGCCUUCGUGGGCGGAGCCAAGGUGGUGAUUCUGGACGAGCCCACGGCCGGGGUCGACCCGUACGCUAGGAGAGGAAUCUGGGACCUGCUGCUCAAGUACCGCCAAGGCCGGACCAUCAUCCUGUCCACGCACCACAUGGACGAGGCCGACAUCCUGGGCGACCGCAUCGCCAUCAUCUCCCACGGGAAGCUUUGCUGCGUCGGCUCCUCGCUGUUCCUGAAGACCCAGCUGGGAACCGGCUACUACCUGACGCUCGUCAAGAAGGACCCGGAGCCCUCGCUGGGGUCGCGCAGGAACUCCGCUAGCACCAUCUCCUUCAAGAAGGAGGACGAGCGGACGUCCGUCAGCAGCAGCGACGCCGGUUUGGGCAGCGAACAUGAAAGUGAAGCGUUUCCAACCGAGACCGGAGCAGGCUCCGCCUCCCCGGGUGCAGGCCCCGCCCCCUCCUGUGGCCCCGCCCCCUCCCUCCCCUGUGACUCCGCCCAGGUGUCGGCGGUGAUCCUGCGUCACGUCCCGGCGGCGCGGCUGGUGGAGGAUCAGGGCCACGAGCUAACGUACGUGCUGCCGUACGGCGCCGCUAAAGACGGAGCCUUCGUGGAACUUUUCCAGGAUCUGGACCUGAAGCUGCUGGAGCUCGGAGUCUCCAGCUACGGAGUCUCCGACACCUCGCUGGAGGAGAUCUUCCUGAAAGUUGCCGAGGACAACGGAGUCGACACCGAAGUUCCCUCAGACGGGACACUUCCUGUCCCGCGGCGGCGCAGGACUCACGCCUUCGGGGGCGGAGACGCCCAGAGCUGCCUGAGGCCGCUGACGGAGGACGAGGCUAACGACUCGGACGGGGAUCCAGACCUGCGGGAGGCGGAGCUCCUCACCUCCACAGGUAAAGGCUCCCACCAGGUGAGUGGGUGGAGCCUGCGGCGGCAGCAGUUCGUGGCUCUGAUGUGGAAGCGUUUCCUGUACGCGCGGCGCUCGCGCAAGGGCUUCUUCGCCCAGAUCGUGCUGCCGGCCGUCUUCAUCUGCAUCGCGCUCGUCUUCAGCCUCAUCGUUCCGCCGUUCGGGAAAUACCCGGAUCUGGAGCUGCAGCCGUGGAUGUACCAGGACCAGGUCACCUUCUUCAGUGACGACGCCCCCGGAGACGCCACGGUGCAGCGGCUGCUGGACGCCCUGCUGGACCCGCCAGGACUGGGGACCCGCUGCAUGGACGGACACCAGAUCCCGGAGGCCCCCUGCACCAUGGGGGACGAGGACUGGCUCCACCCCCCCGUCCCGGAGGACGUGGCCGCCCUGUUCCGCUCCGGGAACUGGACCAUGGAGAACCCGUCCCCCGCCUGUUUCUGCACCUGCAACGGCCGGAAGAGGAUGCUGCCGGAGUGUCCGGCGGGGGCCGGGGGCCCGCCCCCCCCCGAGAUGAAGCUCAGUUCCUCCGAUACGCUGCAGAACUUGACGGGGAGAAACAUCUCGGACUACCUGGUGAAGACGUACGCAGAAAUCAUCGGGAAGAGCCUGAAGAACAAGGUCUGGGUGAACGAGUUCAGGUACGGAGGAUUCUCAUUGGGCGCCAGGAGUUCUCAGGUUCUCCCUCCGGCCAACGAGGUGGACGACGCCAUCGAGAGAAUCAGGAAGAUCUUUGAGCUGCAGAAGGGAAACGCCGCUGACCGGUUCCUGGACAACUUGUCUCGCUUCAUCAACGGCCUGGACACCAAGAACAACGUGAAGAUCUGGUUCAACAACAAGGGCUGGCACAGCGUGUCGUCGUUCACCAACGUGAUGAGCAACGGCAUCCUGAGAGCCAACCUGCCGCCGGGCCUGGACCCCAACCAGUACGGCAUCAGCGCUGUCAAUCACCCGCUCAACCUGACCAAGGAGCAGCUGUCGCAGGUGGCCCUGGUCACGACCUCGGUGGACGUGCUCGUCUCCAUCUGCGUGAUCUUCGCCAUGUCCUUCGUCCCCGCCAGCUUCGUGGUUUUCCUGAUCCAGGAGAGACGGAGCAAAGCCAAGCACAUGCACUUCAUCAGCGGAGUGCAGCCGCUGCUGUACUGGGGGGCCAACUUCUGCUGGGACAUGUGUAACUACUUUGUCCCGGCGACGCUCGUCAUCCUCAUCUUCAUCUGCUUCCAACAAAAGGCCUACGUUUCCUCCACCAACCUGCCGGCGCUGGCGCUGCUGCUGCUGCUCUACGGGUGGUCCAUCACCCCCCUCAUGUACCCGGCCUCCUUCCUGUUCUCCGUCCCGUCUACGGCCUACGUGGUUCUGACCAGCGUCAACAUCCUGAUCGGGAUCAACGGGAGUAUUUCCACGUUUGUGAUGGAGCUGUUCGGGGGGAACGAGAUCGGUGGUAUUAACGAUAUUCUGAAGAACGUGCUGCUAAUCUUCCCUCACUUCUGUCUGGGCCGAGGAUUAAUAGACAUGGUGAAGAACCAGGCCAUGUCCGACGCCCUGGAACGCUUUGGGGAGAGCCGGUUCCGGUCCCCGCUCCACUGGGACAUGGUGGGGAAGAACUUGUUCUUCAUGGCUCUGGAAGGAAUCGUCUUCUUCAUCAUCACCGUCCUGAUCCAGUACCGGUUCUGCAUCCGGCCCAGGUCCGUCACCAAACCCACCAAACCUAAACCGUCGUUGGGGGACGAGGACGAGGACGUGGCCCGGGAGAGACAGAGGAUCGUCCACGGACUCGGGAGAGGAGACAUCCUGGAGCUGAGGGGGCUGACCAAGGUGUUCCAGAGGAAGCAGAAACCGGCCGUGGACCAGCUCUGUGUGGGGAUCCCCCCUGGAGAGUGCUUCGGGCUCCUCGGCGUCAACGGCGCCGGAAAGACGACGACCUUCAAGAUGCUAACGGGAGACACGCUAGUGACUAGCGGAGAGGCCUUCCUGGCCGGGAAGAGCAUCCUCCGGGAGAUGGACCAGGUCCACCAGAACAUGGGCUACUGUCCUCAGUUUGACGCCGUCAACGAGCUGCUGACGGGGAGAGAACACCUGGAGCUGUACGCGGUCCUGAGGGGAGUCCCCGAGGGGGAGGUCUGUGACGUGGCGGAGUGGGGCAUCAGGAAACUGAGUUUACUAAAAUACGCGGAUAAACGAGCAGGAAGUUACAGCGGAGGAAACCUGAGGAAACUGUCCACGGCCCUGGCCCUGAUGGGAGCUCCGCCCGUCGUCUUCCUGGAUGAACCCACCACGGGGAUGGAUCCCAAAGCUCGUCGGUCUCUCUGGAACUGCAUCCACAGCGUCAUCAAGGAGGGAAGAUCCGUGGUGCUGACAUCACACAGCAUGGAGGAGUGUGAGGCUCUCUGCACCCGUAUGGCCAUCAUGGUGAACGGAAGAUUCCGCUGUCUCGGCAGCGUCCAGCACCUGAAGAGCAGGUUCGGCGACGGCUACACCAUCGUGCUGCGCGUGGCCGGUCCAGAGCCGGGCUCGGACCCGGACCUGGUCCCGGUCCAGAAGUUCAUCGAGAGCCGGCUCAGCGGAGCCGUCCUGAAGGAGAAGCACCGGAACCUCCUGCAGUACCAGCUGCCGUCGGCCCGGCCCGGCCUCACCCACAUCUUCUCCACGCUGGCCCGGAACAAGGAGCUGCUGAAGAUAGAGGACUACUCGGUCACGCAGACCACGCUGGACCAGGUGUUCGUGAACUUUGCGAAGGACCAGAGCGACGACUACGUCUCCAAGGACGCUAGCGUGCGGCGGAAGGACGUUAGCGUGCGGCGGAAGGACGUCGCCACCGUGGACAUGGCGGCGCUAGGCUCCGCCCACGGGGGCGGGGCCUGCGGGGGCGGAGCCUGCGGGGGCGGAGCCAGCGAGAGCGUCAUGUGACCACGCCCCCCCGCUGUGACUGUAGACCCGACCGCGGGGGGCGGAGCCUCCAACGCCGUCGCCAUGGCGCCCUGACGCCACUGAUGCCAGUCAAUGCAACGCUUCCCCCGGGCUAGCGGCUAGCGGCUAACCGCUACCCUCCACCUGCUAGCGUUCCGCCGCUCCUCCUGAUUGAGGCGCCGGAACCGUGAAGAGUCCAAUCAUUUCAAAUCGGCCAAUCAGAGCCUGUGAUUGCUUCAACUGCCACUUCCUGUAUUUAAGUUAGCUGUUUUAUUGUGGCGGGGUUUCCGCCGUUUCCUGUUAGCUCAGCAGCCAAUCAGUGAUUUUUACCUUGUUUUUUAUAACGGAGCAGAGAAAUACCUCGUCAGCUACUGGAAACACUAAAGUAUUGAUUAUGUGAUUGAUCAGCACCGUGUUUGAUCCGCGGAGGUGAUUAUUGAUUAUUGAUCGGUGAUUAUUGAUUAUUGAUCGUUGAUCGGUGAUUAUUGAUCGUCAUGUUUACUGCUGUUACAGCUGAAUAAAGACCAAGUUAAU